AUGCCGUCUUCUCUUUCUGCCCAGGAAGCAGCUUUGCCAAGGAGGCUCUCUAGUUAUGCUCAGAGGCUGAGAGAGUGUCGCCCCAGAGACAUGACUCCUCCGUUCCCACGGGAGGAAUUGGGGAAUGGGCUGCAAUGGAUCUGGGCCAGCAACUUCCUACCCAAUGAAGCUUCUCUGGAAGACUGUACACAGAAACAGUACCUUACUGAGCAUGGCAUUCCCAUGCUGCUUGAUUAUGCCCAGCUGGAGGCUGAGAGGAAGGAGAGGAUUGUGGUGGAGAAUGCAGACUGGCUGGUGGUCGUCCCCUACUGGGCUACCUGGCCUUACCAGACCCUCUUGCUUCCUCGGAGGCAUGUUUGCCGGCUCCAGGACCUUCAAGAGAGUGAAAGAGAGAGUUUGGCUUCCAUUAUGAAGAGGCUUCUCACCAAAUAUGAUAAUCUUUUCCAGAUCUCCUUCCCCUACUCUAUGGGAUGGCAUGGGGCCCCAACUGGAUCGUACCUGGAAGCAGACUGCAGUCAUUGGCAGCUCCAUGCCCAUUACUACCCGCCUCUGCUGCGUUCUGCCACUGUGCGCAAGUUCAUGGUUGGCUACGAAAUGCUCCAAAGGGACUUGACUCCAGAGCAGGCUGCUGAGCGCCUGAGAAAUCUGCCUGAGGAGCACUACCGGCUGAAACCGAGGGAUGCUUCCUAGCACCAAGCUUCGUGGGCAUUGGGACUAUUGAAGGAUGACUCCCUUUCAACCAAGGAGACCUCUGUGUGAAUCUUUCUGGGUGACAGGGAAGGUUUUCCCUUGUUGGAGGCCUCCCUGCAAGGACUCUUUGACUCUGGGAGCCAGGUUUGGAUUGAGAUAUUUCAGCCUUGUGACGCCAGAGUUGUGUGAGGAGCUCCUUCAUCUUUGGCCAUGGGACUUCUUCUAUGUAUAUCCAUUCUGUCCACAAGGGCUAAAGCUCCCAUCAUGCCUCACAGAAUAGGAAUUAGGGACAAAGUCGUAUUUAGUGCCAACUUUUAAUAAUCCCACUAGUAAAUCAUUUCUCAGGGAUUCAUUCCCCAGCUAGGAAAGCUGGGAUUAUUGUGAUAAACUUGUAUGUGCACUUCUUCCAAGGUGAAGAUAAAGCCUGGUUGUUUUCAUAGGAGACUUAAAUUAAGACCAAUCCAGCUUCCGAAUGAGAGUCUGUGGUGCUUGAGUGAGGCCUGAAACAGUCUUAUUUUCCAGUGAUACUUAGAAAGUGGCCAGAGAAAGGUUGAAUGUGCCAGUCUUGGCCUUGCUUGAGCUGGAGAGAUGGAGAGAGGCAAAUGGGAGGUAAAAUCUCAGCUGUUUCCAGGUGUUCUGCUGGAGCCAUGGCUCUGUAACCAUGUGAAAGAGGAGCAUUUUUCCUGAGUUCUGAAAGCUAUUUUUUGACAUGGGAAAGCAAGCAAGUAGCUGGUGUCAAGAGACGUACAACCCCUUCAGUUUUUAAUUUUCUGCCUGUUCAGUCCUGUGAAGCCAGUGGUUUCCUGCUCUACUUGCUUUCUGAGAAAAUCCUUCUUAAACACCCUGUAUCUCUUCAGGACUCAAGAAUGUGGUGCUGGGUCCAGUCAGUUCCUGAGCACACCACAAACCAUUAUUGAAUGAAGACAAAGGAGACUUGCAGGAUUAUCCUCCCCAGAAAAAAAUAUGUGGAAAAGAUAUUUCUCAGUGUGAUUUUUCGGCGGUUUAUACACCCAUUGAACCUAGAAGCUUGCGGGACAGUGGUUUUGAUAUUUGGGUUCUACAUGCUAUUUGCCUGUUAUUUUAACCCUCCUGAUCCAAACCGUUUUACUUGAAAAUAAAGACAGUCUGCUCAGUGA